GCGCGUAAGCCCUCGGGUUAGGAGGAAAAAAGACACCCCAAGCGUCACGGACCGGUGCAGCAGCAGUGUGUUCCCAUCACAGAGAGAGAGAGAGAGAGAGAGAGAGAGAGGGGCUGAACGGGAAGCAACAUCACCGCAUUUUCCAUCCAGCAUCUUCACCGACCAACACCGAACUCGAGUGGGAACGCACAAGUACACUCAGACGGUUCUCCGGUGUCUAAGAGUUCCCCCUCCUCGAGCUCAAAAUGUCCGUGGGCAGUGACUUUGGGAACCCUUUAAGAAAAUUUAAACUCGUCUUUCUGGGGGAGCAAAGUGUUGGAAAGACAUCUCUGAUCACACGGUUCAUGUAUGACAGCUUUGACAACACAUAUCAGGCCACAAUUGGAAUUGAUUUCCUGUCGAAAACCAUGUACUUGGAAGAUCGAACGCUUUCCCUCUCUGAACCCCAGGUGAGGUUGCAGCUCUGGGACACAGCGGGACAAGAGCGCUUCAGGAGCCUCAUUCCCAGUUAUAUAAGGGACUCCACUGUGGCUGUGGUGGUCUACGACAUUACAAAUGUUAACUCAUUCCAGCAGACGUCAAAAUGGAUUGAUGAUGUGAGAACAGAGAGGGGAAGUGAUGUCAUCAUUAUGCUCGUUGGCAAUAAAACAGACUUGGCAGACAAGAGGCAAAUCACAAUUGAGGAAGGUGAACAGAGGGCUAAAGAGCUGAGUGUCAUGUUCAUAGAGACUAGCGCCAAGACAGGUUACAACGUCAAACAGCUGUUUCGGCGUGUGGCAGCUGCUCUCCCGGGGAUGGAAAGUAUGCAAGAAACAAGCAAAGAAGGGAUGAUCGACAUCAAGUUGGACAAACCACAGGAGCCCCAGACUACUGAAGGUGGCUGUUCCUGUUAAUACUCAGCACCUGUCCUGGAAAAAAAACAUCAUUUACACCACAUGCUUGUUAUGUUGCUUCCUAUUGGUUAACCUGCAGUUGACUUUGCACGUUGAGAAUCUGGCCUCCUCACCUGACUAUUGGUCAUUGGUUGGAACUAGCAAUAUGUGAAUUAGGUUAUAAAAUAGAGUAGCCUACUUUGUUAAUGAAACUGCCAAAACAGUCUUACAACUUGUUAAAAAAGAAAUAUGAAAAAAGAUCCCCAAGUUGCAUAUUAUGUGUAUACAAGUUUUUUUUUUAAGUUGAAAAGCAAGUUACCCCACAUUUUUUUGUAUUUUUGUAUAUUCAGGGAAAUCUCUCUGGAUUUAUUUUAUUUUAUUUUAUUUUAUUUUAUUUUAUUUUAUUUUUGAUGCAAACAACAAAGCUCUGUGUUUGAGAGCUGAAAAGAACUGAUGGUUUUAGACGUAUUCUUAUGGAUGUCACUGUUGUUAUUGGCAAAGAUGGAGGUCCCCCCUACAUUAUUACCCAAAUGUUAACCACAGCAAACUCUUACCCAAGCCCUUACUCGCCAUUCUCCACUUGAUGCCUACACUUGAUCAUCUGAAAGUGUAUUACCUUAAUGUAAUCAUUUAGAAUCUUCCCCCUAAGCCUAGCCUUGCAGUUCAGUGGACCAGUCACAGUGCCCAUAACCCCAGUGUGAUCCAUAAUUUUGCGUUCUGUACAUCACAGGACAAAGUGAACAGUAACGUCUUUGAGUAUCUAAUGCAUGCCUAGUUUUUGAGCAUAGGUACUGUCUACCAGUGUACACGAGUUUGAAUAUGUAAAUGGUAACAUUACACCAGUGACUUAAUGCACUCUGAUAAUGACUAGUCCAAGUCUUUUUGUUUAUGAAAACUGUUGAACUGGAUUUGUAUACUUGACUUCAGAAAAUCUUUUUUGUCGUGUGUGUGUGUGUGUGUGCGUGUGUGUGUGUGUGUCUGUGUGUGCGUGUGCGUGUAAAUGUGUGCUUUCUGUUUUAUAGGCAACAUUAGAAUGCAGAUAUAUAGAGGGCCACUGCCAAGUUGUGUCAUUCUUGCCACAUUAUGGCACCAAUGUAGGUCACCAUUUUUUGCAGGAUGUCAUAGACUCCCCCCUACUCACAGUAGUGUGAUAUCUCUGGUAGUUAUUUUCAUGAUAGUCUGCAGUGGUGAGUCAAAGCCGUUGCCUUGUGUCACAAAGGAACAUAAAGACAAAGUUCCCUGUGUGGUGAUCUGUAGACUUAAAUGCAGGUUCUGUGAUCUGAGCAGACCUUUAACAUUGUAAACCAGUUUCAUUCCUGUCAAACUAAAACUAAUUUGCACAUGUAGACCUUUCAGGUGAAUAUGAAGUUCUGAAAAGCUUCAUUAUAAAUGUACAGUCAUAGAAACUGUCACACAAUAUGUUUCCACUGAGAUGAAGUUUUCUUUGCUGCUUGUGUUUAAACUGACUACUGAUGUUGGCAUUAUGCAAUGUUGUCUUCUUUUUUUCUUUUAUACCAGAGCCUGGUAUCAUAACGUACUGGUGGUGAAGUCAGCCAGUGUUGAGAACACUAUUUUGAUUUGACUCGUCUUUGAAGUGAAAUCUUUCUGCACUUUUUAAGAACAUGUUUUAGAAUUAGAGUGACAAUGUAAGUCUUAGAAAACAUGGUAAAAAAAAUAAUCUGUAUCUCCAGAACUUUUGGGGUACUGAGUCUUAGAGUAGAGGAAAAUGUUUAUGAAUUGUUCACACAUGUCCAAAAAAGGGGAGCACUCUUGUGAAAACUAGUGAACCUUUCUAACCCAUGUAAUGAGCCAAAUAAUCCUAAUAAUAAUGAUGAUGAUAGUAAUAAGAGACAGAGUUGGAUCAAAUAUCACAGGAGAACACACUCUGUGGUGGUGGUGUUGGGAAUGACAAAGACAGGUUGCAUUUCAAGUUUGAAUCCCUCAAAAUGAAAAAAGUCUAAUAAUGUAUCGACCGUUGCUGUUGCUGCCUAUUUAUUUUAUUGAAACGGGAAUGUACUGCUCUCAUUACUGACCACACAGCCUUGUAAAGAGAGCACUUUUUCGAGAACAUACUCGAUGGGUAUUUAUUUGUAAUUGUGGACGAAUCAGUAGCUAGAGACAUUCCUUUAUCCUUAUGAUAAAAGUAGAACCCAACUUUGUUUUGAAAAGCCCAUUUUAACAUUCCCUUGAAAAUGGACCAAGUGAUGCAGCUCAUGUCUUUGCGUGUUGUAUUGGGGGGGUCUGCAUUUGAGGAUGGAGGCCAUGGCCUUUUCCUGAGGGUGUGUUUGUUAUGUCACGGCUCUGUGCAGCAGACCUGAUCAGUUCAGAGCUGAUUCUCCAUUCACACUGUACAGAGAUCUAGCAUGUCUCUCCAAAUGAUUAAUAAAGAUGUCUUAUUACCAAA